AUGGGAGGAGUUACAACGGCGACUAUACGAGGCCACAUUUCCGAUGGAAGCGGUAGCAAAAGCGAUGGGAGGAGUUACAACGGCGACUAUGCGAGGCCACAUUUCCUGAUGGACGAGCUAGCAACAGCGAUGGAAGGCGGUAGCAACAGCGAUGGAAGGGUAACAACGGCGACUAUACGAGGCCACAUUUCCGAUGGAAGCGGUAGCAACAUCGAUGGAAGGGUAACAACGGCGACUAAACGAGGCCACAUUUCCGAUGGAAGCGGUAACAACAGCGAUGGAAGGGUAACAACGGCGACUAUACGAGGCCACAUUUCCGAUGGAAGCGGUAGCAACAGCGAUGGAAGGGUAACAACGGCGACUAUACGAGGCCACAUUUCCGAUGGAAGCGGUAGCAACAGCGAUGGAAGGGUAACAACGGCGACUAUACGAGGCCACAUUUCCGAUGGAAGCGGUAACAACAGCGAUGUAAGGGUAACAACGGCGACUAUACGAGGCCACAUUUCCGAUGGAAGCGGUAGCAACAGCGAUGGAAGGGUAACAACGGCGAUUAUACGAGGCCACAUUUCCGAUGGAAGCGGUAACAACAGUGAUGGAAGGGUAACAACGGCGAUUAUACGAGGCCACAUUUCCGAUGGAAGCGGUAACAACAGCGAUGGAAGGGUAUCAAGGCGACUAAACGAGGCCACAUUUCCGAUGGAAGCGGUAGCAACAGCGAUGGAAGGCGGUAACAACAGCGAUGGAAGGGUAACAACGGCGAUUAUACGAGGCCACAUUUCAGAUGGAAGCGGUAGCAACAGCGAUGGAAGGGUAACAACGGCGACUAUACGAGGCCACAUUUCAGAUGGAAGCGGUAGCAACAGCGAUGGAAGGGUAACAACGGCGACUAUACGAGGCCACAUUUCAGAUGGAAGCGGUAGCAACAGCGAUGGAAGGGUAACAACGGCGACUAUACGAGGCCACAUUUCCGAUGGAAGCGGUAGCAACAGCGAUGGAAGGGUAACAACGGCGACUAUACGAGGCCACAUUUCAAAUGGAAGCGGUAGCAACAGCGAUGGAAGGGUAGCAACGGCGACUGUACGAGGCAACAUUUCCGAUGGAAGCGGUAACAACAGCGAUGGAAGGGUAACAACGGCGACUAUACGAGGCCACAUUUCCGAUGGAAGCGGUAGCAACAGAGAUGGAAGGGUAACAACGGCGACUAUACGAGGCCACAUUUCCGAUGGAAGCGGUAGCAACAGCGAUGGAAGGGUAACAAUGGCGACUAUACGAGGCCACAUUUCCGAUGGAAGCGGUAGCAAUAGCGAUGGAAGGGUAACAACGGCGACUAUACGAGGCCACAUUUCCGAUGGAAGCGGUAGCAACAGCGAUGGAAGGGUAACAACGGCGACUAUACGAGGCCACAUUUCCGAUGGAAGCGGUAGCAACAGCGAUGGAAGGCUUGUUACAAGUACGGACAAUGGAUCAUCUCCGAAACAGGAGCACCACUCGCAUGUCAUGCCAUUUUCCAUGUCCCUCAACCAGGGUUCCCUCUGGGUUUUAAACAGUUGUCGCCAGUUUUCCGCCAGGGGUAAAGGGGGCCGCAAAAAGGCCCCCUUACGGGUCCAGGGCAGCGCCCUUGUGGGGGUUCAGAGGAGGCGAAGCGCCCCUGUAGCUCAUGGUAUUAAACAUAACUUCAUGUUAUUCUAA